ACUGUAGGCUCAGGCCGAGACGCACACAAUUUACCCGCGCACGCAUCGCAUCGUAAAGUAUCCGGAGAACGACGACGAUGGCCGCAAACACUAACUUUAACACCGUAGCCCUUAAACAGACAGCAUGCGCCGGAAACGCUAAUCGCAUCGCCACUAAAAGUUCUCAUAGUUCGCAAAAUUGUUCCGACGAAAUGGUGGAAAAGGGCACCAAGCGCAAAGCGGACAUGAGUCUAGCCAAGCAGGAAAUCGGUGCCAAACGAUUCGCGCUUGGUAAUCUAACCAAUGCCGAAACGACAGGUACGUCUUCGACGAUUGGGGCUGUUCUGAAAAGUAAGGUGACCAACUUUCUUAGCAAACCUCUGUUGUCUAAUAAAGCUGCAGCUGCAGAACAUGUCGCCAAACCAACAUGGAAGCCAAACGAGCAACAUUUCAAGAAAAACAAAGUGCCGAAGAUCAAUGGCGUCCCCAGGAUCAUGACACGCGCUGCCAUGCGAAAACAGCAAGCUGUGAACAUAAAUCAGGACAUUCUACAGGAUAAGCCAAUUGCAAUAAUCAAGGACAAGGAGAAUGUACCAUCGUCGUCGGAGAUCUUCGAAGCGAACGGUGCGGGUGUUGUGGCUGUUUCACACGCAAACCGUAAAGCGCACGAAUUGCUGGCCAAAUCAAAGACAUUAGGGACUGUGGUAGAUAAUAGAGCGUCUUGGAAAAAUGUUCUACGAACGCGAUCGACAGUAGUUGUGGUUGAAGCAGAAAGCACCACACAAGAACCCGUAAAUGGUGAGCAGCAAAAGACCCAAACAGUGAGCACUGCUUUACCGAAACGCUCCGAACUGAAGCCUAAAAGGGGUCGGCCUUCGAGUGAGUUCGAAGCGAGUGACAACUCACUGUACGUGACGGCAGUUGAAAAUUUGGAAGAAGCCACCGGCCAGUUAGAGCUGGCUGGUUUAGAAACGGAUUGCGUAGAACCGCGUGGCCAGGUUGCACAAACCAAGAAACCACAAGCAACUAACAACGGUCCGCCUGCCCGGCCCGACGUGAAGCUGAAACGUGGUCGUGGUUCGAAUGAAUUCGAAGACAAUUCUUUGUAUGUAACGGCAGUAGAUCAUUUGGAUGUGGUUGGUACAUCAACCAUGGCCAAGGGCAAAGCAGAACGCUCCGUGGUUGCUACUGCCGGUCCCGCAUCGACGGUUGCAGCAACAGCCGCUUCUCUGGCAGUUCACGAUAAGAAAACGAAAGCCCGCGCCGCAGAGGAAGAAAAUGGAGCAUGGAAAAUGUCGAUCACAGAAAACGUCGCUCUUACGCGUGCCGCAACGACUGAAAUCGGUGUACCGCGCAAACAACCUCCGGUUGGCAUUGAGGACUAUGAUUUAUGCUACUGGAACGAUAUCUAUCAAGUGUCGGAAUAUGCACAGGACAUCUUUGAUUACCUGCAAGAACGAGAGCCAGCCUACGACAUUCCGGACUACAUGGGAAGGCAGAAACACUUGACGAAGCGCAUGCGAGCUCUGCUGGUCGACUGGAUGAUUGAGAUACAAGAAACAUUCGAGCUAAAUCACGAAACGCUGUACCUGGCCGUUAAAAUUUUAGACACCUACCUAUCGCGUGUUACGAUCAGCCACGAAGUGUUGCAGCUCGUCGGUAUUGCGAGUAUGCUCAUAGCGUCCAAAUACGACGAACGUUUGCCCCCAACGGUCGAUGAUUUUGUGUACUUUUGCGACGGUGCUUAUGAUCGUGCGGAUCUACUUAAGAUGGAACGUACCGUUUUCCGUACGAUCGAAUAUGAUCUCGGCUAUCCGCUGUCAUACCGUUUUCUGCGCCGAUACGCCCGUGUCAACCGUAUCCCGAUGAUGACGCUUACUUUGGCCCGCUACAUACUUGAGACGGGUCUGAUAGAUUACAACACGGUAGUGGUGCGCGAUUCUAAGCUCGCUUGCGCCGCACUCUUUAUUGCUCGCCGUAUGCUGGACCAGCCGGGAUGGAACGAAACACUCGAAUACUAUUCAUGCUACAAGGUGGACCAGUUUAAAGAUGCCAUAGUGCUACUGAACAAUGGCAUGAGCUCAAGGCAGUAUCCCUUGGACACUGUGCGCAAUAAAUAUUCGCACGAGCUCUUUUUCGAAGUCGCCAAGCGUCCCGUCAUCACUAGCGUGGAGAAAUUAUUUGCCAACACUAACGUAUUGUUUAAAGUACCUACCGCACCACUGAUUGCUUCUAACGACAAGCCAGCAACAAUUCCGAUCUCUGCAGCCAAAGAAAAUGUACCGAUUUCUACCACCGGAACAAUCAACAACGCUACAUGCACCCUUAACAAAUAAAUAAUUUUCGCAUCGCACAGAUAUCUACUUUCAGACCCAUUAUAAUACUGCCGGCGUGGUGCGUGUCUGAUAGUGAAAAGCACAUGAAGGUAACGUUAGUUCCUGCACUACGUUAAAUGUAAGCAAUUUCAUGCGACUGACCAAGAACGAAACAGGUCAGCUUUGUUAGCGACCUGACAACAGAUUGUUGGGUGGAGAAAUUUAAAGUGUAACGAAUAGCUAUUGAAACAACCGUUUCGCUGUUUCAUCGUGUGCCAAUAUAUGGUAGCGUUUAGUAGCAUUAAGUUCACAAUAGUUCAUUAAGUAGCAUUUCCACCUAAAUUUUUUUAUCGUUAGUUGCUGAUCACGUUCAUUUUUUCCUGUUGUUUAUUGCUUGUAUUGAUUUCCUGUAAUUAAUGGUUAAGAUUCUACAUGUGUUCUGCGGCAAAAUUGCAAAUGAGACUGAUAGUUGAGCAAACACCACUUACACUGACAAUUGCUCUCUCGUCAUACCUCGAAAGUGGAAGCGGUUUUACUACUCAUGAUGUGCAACCGUGCGCUGAAUGUAUUAUUGAAUA